AAUACUAUUAACUGGUCUGAGUGUGAAGCUCUUUGCCUUGGGGUCAAAGGUCAGUGAUAGAGAGCAGCUCUUGGUUAAUUAAUGCACAUGCUGAGGCGACGAUUCAGAUAAGAGGUGUGGAAGAAAGGAUAAGGAGGAGAAGGAGGAGGAGGAUGAAGACAGACUUUGACCCCGCAGCCGUGAGCACAGUUUUCCAGAUUGUUCUCUCGCUCCUGUGUGUCUCCCGGCUCAGUUCUGUCUCGCUCACCCGGCCAUGAAGGUUAACUUCGCUCCGGUGAACGUGCCCAUGAGGAGGAGACUCCAGACGGCCGCCGUGUUGCAGUGGGUCUUCUCCUUCCUCGGUCUGGCCCCAUGCUGCAUCGCGCUCUUCUUCUACCUUCUCUUCACUCGGUUCUGGUUGGUCAGUGUGCUCUACGCCACCUGGUGGUUUGUGGAUUGGGACACACCCUCUCACGGAGGGAGGAAAGUUCCCUUCAUGUGCCGCCUCCCAAUGUGGAGAUAUAUGAGGGAUUAUUUCCCCAUUCAGUUGGUGAAGACGGUGGAUUUGGAUCCUCGGCAGAACUAUGUGUUUGGGUUCCACCCUCAUGGUAUCCUGGUGACCGGAGCGUUCACUAACUUCUGCACGCAGGCGACGGGGUUCGAGCAGCUCUUCCCCGGCCUGAGGAGUUACCUGCUCAUGCUGCCUCUGUGGUUCAGAGCUCCUUUCUUCAGAGACUACAUCAUGUACGCAGGUCUGGUCCCCUCUGAUAAGGACAGUGCAAGUUACCUGUUGCGUAAGGAAGGGGGCGGGAACGCGGUGGUCAUUGCGGUGGGCGGGGCUCUGGAGGCUCUGGACGCUCACCCAGGAAUUCACACUGUCCUGCUGGCCAAUAAGAAAGGCUUUAUCAAACUCGCAAUGGAGCAUGGUGUUAGCCUGGUUCCUGUGUAUUCGUUCGGAGAGAACGAGGUGUUCGAUCAGGUCUCCAAUCCCCAAGGUACCUGGUUACGGUGGAUACAGGACUCCCUGCAAAGCAUCAUGGGUGUUUCUCUUCCUCUCUUCCACGCUCGAGGGAUUUUCCAGUACAGCUUCGGCCUCAUACCCUACAGGAAGCCCAUCAACACCGUGGUCGGUAAACCAAUCAGAGUGCAGAAAAACGAGAAGCCGUCCACAGAGGACCUGGACGCUCUGCAUGAGCUCUACAUGGACGAACUCACGCAGCUGUUCGAGGAGCACAAGGGGAAAUACGGAGUACCUGAGGACACACACCUGGUCUUCAUCUGAGGCAGAAAUAGUGUGUGUACAUAUGUGUGUGUGUGUGUGAGAGAGAGAGAGAGAGAGAGUGAGCGAGACAGAGAGCUGCCAAAAAUGUAACCUGAUGUAACUUUUAUUUGUGAAUGUAAUCUCAGGAAUGAAUGUUCUAGAAAUGCAACACGCCUGUCUUUACAGAUGAGGCUUUGUAAAAUGUCCAGUCUUCUAUUUAAUAUGUACCUUUUUUAAAAAGUCUAAUUAAAAGUGAUGAAAUGAAAUGAAGUGUAUGCGGCGUUACUAACAGUGUGUGUGUCUGAAUCAUCAACACCAUUUCAUUCCCAAACUGUUUUUAUAAAUAACUAUAUUAUCAUCAUCAUCAUCAUCAUCAUUAUCACUAAUGUACAAUCUCCGCCUUCAGACUUUAGGCCACGCCCCCAACCCGAAUCAGUAUGGCAAGGGAGAAUUUUCACUGCGAAUGUUUGUUUGUUUUUUUUUUUUUAAAUCUGCGUGACUUUGUCCUGUUGGCUAAAGAUAACAGCUUGUCCUACGGAGUCAGAAACCACACCAAGAACGGCGAGUGAGAAGACGCCGCUGGGGGAUGAGUAAAGGCCGUGGUUUUGUAUUCUCGGUCGUGUAUGAGUGCUCGAGCGCUGCACGUGCACGCUGCAAUCCACUGUACUCUGAAAGUUCCAAGUCGAUUUUUCCCCUGCUCGGAUCUAAAGACAUUCCAGUGCUUCACGGCCAUGUUGUAUGUCUCUGAACGUGAUGAACAUAUUAAGAAGCUGUACAUAGACCAUUUCUGCGUGACUAGCGAUCAGUGGAAUUAUGUUAAAAACGUGAACGCACUAAGCUGUUCAAAACACUUUUUCACAACACGAACGCUACACAUCAACUGAAAUCCUGUCAGAGAGCUCGGCUUCUCGACUUGGAUUUCCACUGCACCUAUUUUCCGUGUCAGCAGUCGGGGGUUUUCAAUGGAUCGCAGCAAAAGUCAAUCGUUUUAUAGAGAAUUAGCACGGACACGCAACGACCGAUCACGGGCUCGGUCAUGUAGCGCAGUGGUCAGAUCUUCCU